AUGUCGAACGUCAAAGAAAAUGAAGAACCACUAACUGUGGAAACGCCCGUUGCACAGCAGGAGAACCAAUCGAUUGUAGAGGAUGGCCUCGCCGCCUGGAUGCAAGCCCUUGGAUCCUUCCUCGUGUACACCGCGACCUGGGGCCUGCUAAGUGCUUAUGGAUCAUACCAGAGUUACUACGAACAUACCCUUCCUGAUGUUGCCACGGACAACAUUGCUUGGGUAGGAACCGUUGAAGGCGUGCUCCUGAUCAUCAGCGGCGUCAUAUCAGGCCCAAUCUAUGACCGGGGCCACAUUCGAUCGCUGCUCUACGUUGGCACGGUGCUGACCGUCUUCGGUGUCAUGAUGCUUUCUCUCUGCACCAAGUACUGGCAAAUCAUGCUAGCACAGGGAUGGUGUAUCGGCAUUGGAUCUGGCAUACUCUACACUCCGAGCAUAACUCUCGUCGCCAUGGCAUUCACCAAACACCGGGCCCUGGCCGUUUGCUUUGCCACUUCUGGCACUGCGGUUGGGGGUAUCAUUUACCCCAUCAUAUUCGUGCGUUUACAACCCUCCAUCGGCUUCGCCUGGGCGACUCGUGUCCUUGGCUUCAUCACGCUGGCAGAGCUCAUCAUUGCACUUGCCAUCAUUCUUCCCAACGCCAAACCGGCCAUUACAAACAAGACUGGGCCACCACGUGCUCUAUUCGAGCCUCGAGCGCUUACUGAGCCGGCCUUUGGCAUGUUCUGUGUCGCCCUAUUCUUCAUGUGGAUCGCGUACUGGGUACCCUUCUUCUUCAUCCCUACCUACGCGGAGUUCGGCCUGAAUGCCACCUCAACCUGGUCCUUUUAUCUACUUGUCAUCACUAAUGCAGCAACCAUUCCUGGGCGCCUCUUCGCCGUCUUCAUCAUCAAGUAUGCCGGAGUUGCCGGCGGCAUGUUCGGGUUUGCCUUUGUUUCUAGUAUCCUGCUUUAUGCAUGGAUGGCGGUGAACUCAUUACCGGGCUUUGAGGCAUGGGUUGUGUUUCUCGGGUUGAUCAUGGCACCACUGGCUGUGUUUUAUCCAGCCAUCAUUCCACUGUUGUGCCCGACAAAGCAUGUCGUUGGGACGCGUAUGGGGAUGGCGUCAGCGGCUGCAGCAUUGGGAGUAGUGUUUGGUGCACCGGUGAGCAGUAAGCUGAUCGAUUCAGCCACAGGGGAGUACUGGAAGAUGCAAGUGCUGAUCGGAAGCUGCAUGAUGGUCGGGGCCAUGUGUCAAGCAUUCGUGUGGUGGAGUCUGCGGAGGCAAGACCAAGACAAGGAAAAAGCAACAGCCCGUCAAACAUCGAGCAAUGUACGACAAGCGGAUUAG